AUGCCCGUUUGCAAUGGCAGCGCCCUUGAGGGGCGUGGCCUUCUUGAGACGAACGCGACGAAACUGCAGCCUCAGAGGUACAGCCCUUUGCCCGUGCCGCUCAAGGUCGUGCUGUCCGUCGCCAUGGUGACCACCAUCGCCGUCGGUUUCCUCGGCAACGCCAUCGUCUGCAUGAUCGUGUACCGCAAGCCGGCGAUGCGCUCGGCCAUCAACAUGCUCCUGGCGACCCUGGCGUUCUCCGACAUCAUGCUCUCCCUCGUCUGCAUGCCCAUCACCGCCGUCGCCGUCAUCACGCCACACUGGCGCUUCAGCCCGGAGCUCUGCAGCGUCACCGUCAUGCUCUACUGGUUCUUCGUCUUAGAGGGCGUGGCCAUCCUCCUCAUCAUCAGCGUGGACCGCUUCCUCAUCAUCGUCCAGCGGCAGGACAAGCUGACGCCUCACCGCGCCCGGCUGAUGAUCGGUUCCUCCUGGGUGCUCUCCUUCUUCAUCGCCCUCCCGUCCAUGGUGGGGUGGGCGGGGCCAAAGCCGCGGUGCAUGCAGGGCUACAGCGAGUCCCUCGCCGACCGCAGCUACGCCCUGCUCCUGGCCGCCGCCGUUUUCUUCGUCCCCGUCAGCGUCAUGCUCUACUCGUACCUGCGCAUCCUCAACACGGUGCGACGCAACGCGCUCCGCAUCCACAACCACGCCAGCCAAAACGGCCUGGGGGCGGAGCCCGGGGGCAAGCUGGGCCUCUGCGCCCUCCGCCGGCCCCCGCAGCUCAACGUGGACAUGAGCUUCAAGACGAGGGCCUUCACCACCAUCCUCAUCCUCUUCGUCGGCUUCUCCGUCUGCUGGAUGCCGCACACGGUCGUCAGCCUGCUGGCCGUGUUCAGCCAGCGCUUUUAUCUCAGCGCCACUUUCUACCCCAUCAGCGUGGGGGCGCUGUGGCUUAGCUACCUGAAGGCCGUGUUUAACCCAAUCGUUUACUGCUGGAGGAUACGCAAGUUCCGAGAGGCCUGUCUGGAGUUUAUGCCCAAGGGCUUUCGCCUUGUGCCGCGGCUACGAGGGCGGAGUCGGCGAAGGGUUCGACCCUGCAGCAUCUACGUGUGUAUGGAGGCCCAGUCUACUGUAUGA